CUAUUCAAGAUUUCUGAUAGUUUGGUUUUGAUUCAAAUAUGACUUUCUGUGUUUUUACGUAUUAUAUCAUGCACAUUAUAUAUCAUGAUAAAAACUUCAUACCUCUCCCUGUCCUUGGCACUUUUCGGAAAAUUUCUGAAAUUCCACUUAAUUUACCUUUCCUACUCCUAUUAAGAUUUCCACCAAAUACCACUCAAUAAUUACCUCUCCUCUUUUGGAAGCGAACUUCAAUUGCAUUAUUAUUCUAUCAUUUGCUGCAUUAUUACUCUAUUCUUUUCUGCAUUGUUACUCUAUGCUUUUCUGCAUUAUUUCUCUGCUUUUCUGCAUUAUUACUCUAUUCUUUUCUGCAUUAUUACUCUAUGCUUUUCUGCAUUAUAACUCUAUCUUAUCGCACUUUCUUGCAGAAAUUUGUCCCCCACAUAGUGGAAGUUAACUGUUUUAUCCAGUUAUGAUUAGGAAGUGUUUUGUUCCUUAUCAUGUUCCUAGGAGGAAGCCGUAGCAGGUGGCCAUCUGCAGUACGAUGUGACUACUUUGAUAUUAAUUGGGCAGUCAGUAUAUCGAGAUAAAAGUCCCACUUCGGAACUUUUAAACAAGUUUAGUGAGAAAAAUGGUACUAUAAAGCAUCUCUUUGUUCUUCUGGCCAAAAUGGAUCAUCAAAGGGCUAUGUCGGUUUUGAGACCCUAUGUUGAAGAAAAAUACCACAUCUUUCUACGCAAUGAUAGUACUUAUACAGUUGCCAAUAUGACCUGUUCAAAGAAAGGGGAUAUACCAAGGCCUUCCAUUUCACAGUUGUUAUUGUCCUCAACUCAGAGUUAUUCAUCUGCAUCUCAUAAGUCUUCUGUAAGAUCUUCUUGCCAAGGAAAAGGUUGCAGUAAUUUAGACAAUUUCAAUCAACAAUUUAGUGAUCUAUCAUUAGAUUCUAAAGUGCUAAAUGUCCCGAAGGAAGAAUCUCACUGUAUGAAAAUGUCGCCAAAUAUUAAUGUGGUGAAAAAGCAGUAUUCUGAUUGUAAAGAGGAAUCAAUAUCAGAUAAUUGUCUUUAUGAUAAUGCUUGGAAACAAGGAAAAAACUGCAAAAUGCCUUCCCAGUAUGCAUUUGCAUCUCCUCCUGAAGAGUGUCUGCUGCCCGACGUAAUGCGCAUACCCUUUAAAGAUAUCUGCAAGGCUACAAAAGAUUUCAGCAAAGAUAGAGUCCUUGGAAAGGGAGGAUUUGGCACUGUUUAUAAGGGAGAAUGGAAAGGAACGUCUGUUGCUAUCAAGCGCCUCAUGCCACGACAAAGCUCUCAAGGACCCUCUCAACAGCUUGUUAGCUUGAAGCAAUCUUUAAAUGAAUUAAACGUUUUAAAAUGCUGUCGUUUUGACCAUAUACUGCCUUUGUAUGCUGUUUCACUGGAUGGUGAAAAUCCUUGCCUAGUUUACCAGCUCAUGGUUAAUGGAUCCUUAGAAGAUAGGUUGUUUAAGAAUAAAACUCCUGCCCUGACCUGGUCUCAAAGAAGUCACAUAGCAGAAUGUGUAACAAAAGGUCUAAAUUAUUUGCACACCACACCUGGUAAACCACUUUGCCAUGGCGAUAUCAAGAGUGCCAAUAUUUUGUUGGAUGGUAAUAUGGAUGCAAAAAUUGGAGAUUUUGGUCUGACCAGAGAAGGGCCGGGAUGUGAGGAUACCCACGUGAAGGUUUCCAGCGUUCAUGGCACUGAGUGUUAUUUGCCAUCAGAGUACUUACGCCACCGUCACUUAUCACCACAAGUUGAUAUUUUCAGCUAUGGAAUUGUUCUAUUAGAAAUAGCCACAGGAUUACGCCCUUUUGACCCAAAACGAUUGGAAGGAAAAAGAUUGGCUGAUCAUGUGAGAAUAAGUGAUAAGUCUGGCCAUUUGGACGCUCUGAGGGACACGAAGGCUGGCGAGGAAAACAUGAUAUGGUUUCGAGAGCUCAUCCAAAUAGGUAUGAAAUGCAGCAGUGAAGAAAAGAGAAAACGCCCUCCUAUGCAAGAAGUAUUGGAGCAAUUUGAAAAAAUCAGGGAAGAAAUGUUUAAACAAGAAAAAAUAAGACGCUUAUCAAAUGAGAAAGGUGCUUCAAUCAAAUCUUUCAUGGAAGCAGAUUUAUCUCCUCUUGAUAUUCAGCGUUUCUAUGACCUACAGAAUGAUGUCAACCACACAGUGCCUAAAGGAGACCAGAGCAUCUCAGAAAGAGGUGGUGAUCUUGCAAAGGAAAACACACAGUGUUCUACCAAUAAUAAUGAGGCUUCAUCAUCAGCAAUUAAUAACCAGCAGAAGCCUCCUACUGAGAGUAAUCCAGUGGCACCCCUGCCUUUGUUGACAGUUUUGCAAUUGCAAGUAUCUGAAAUGAGUGAUGACUCAUCUCCUCAAGACUCUUAUAUUUCAAACUCCUCAAGUUACUCCUUUUCUUAAUUGCUAAAACACUGCUUUUUGUUUUCUUUUUUUUUUUCUAUAAAAACCAUUGUCCAGCAAAUCUGAAGCUUUUAUUUUUUAAAAGUUUCAGAUACUCUAGACAAGACCGUUACUAUAAUUACUACUUCUUGAAUAUGAUGUACUUAGUUGCUUUUAAUUAAUGUAUCAAAUUAUUUUACUUGCAGUAAUUAAUUUUUCCGUUCAUAUUGGACAUACCUAGAAUUAUUUGAUUAUUAAAUUCAAACCAAAAUUUGUUAAGGUUAGCUUUUUAUAUUUUGAUUGCAAAAGCAAAAUGAAGUUACUUUAAACAAAACUUACCUAUUGUUUAAUUAUGAAGUGUUUUUAAACUAUUUAUGACAUAUAAUAAAUUACGAUAUAUUAGUAAAUUUGAGCUUAUAUUUAUAUCAAUCUUUGUCAACUCAUAAUUCUAAUUGAUAAUUCUUAAGGAAAAACAGAAUAAGAAAUUAUUUGUAACAGCCUGGGCCUCUCUAGCCUUAUGAUAAAUCAGGCUAUGCAAUGGCGCCAUUCUAAGAUAUACUCUUCAGGAGCUAAUAUCAUUUUUUUCAGCUGGACAAAGUUUUUAGCGUGACUAUUGCUAAAGAGAACAAAUGUAAUAAUAUGAUUUUUUUUAAAUAUAUCUAAUGCUUGGACUGAGAGAUAACAUUAACAAAUUACAAGUUAAUGUGUAACCAAAAUUUAGGGAAGAGUUUCAAAAAUAAAGUCGUUGGAAAUUAAAUCUAAUUACAUUGUUUGUGCCGGUCACUGGUCUAUUGGUUACUGUACUGGACUAUUGGCUGUGGGGUCAAAUCCCACUGUAGGCAUGGAUAUAACUCUCUCUCUCUCUCUCUCUGUCCUAUGCCCUUUCUUCUGAGUGAAUGUAACCCGCCCUAUAAACGGGUUUGUGGUUGAAUGACCUGGAUGAUGCUACUCGACUGCCGUGGCUUACACACAUGUGCCCACUGAGUAACGAUAAUUGAGUAGCAUUUCUGAGGCUAACGGGAAAUAGACACAAGUGGCCGCCAUUAGUUA